AUGGCCAUGGCUUCCGCAACAGCAGUACCAAAGUCUGUGAUCAUUGCAGGUGGCUCCCUUGCUGGCCUCAUGCAUGCUCUGACUUUCCUAUCGCUGCCAUCGCCACCCAAUGUCCGCAUUCUAGAACGCUCCCCAACGGCACUUCUCCAUGACCAAGGAGCUGGCAUCGUAGCUGGCAAUGAGCCGCAGGAAUUCUUCUCGGAGUACGUUCGCGCUGGGAGGGAUAUCGCUGUGACCAGCCCAGCACGACAUUACCUCAACAAGAAAGGCGAGAUAAUGCCCGAGACUGUAGAGCAUCGAGCACAGCGUAUGACCUCCUGGGAUCUACUCUACCACCUUUUGAGGUGGCGAGUCGAGGGACUGGAAAGCGAGUACGUCAAAGGUCUGCAGCCCGACGACCGGGCAAAGGCACAGUACGACAAUGGCUGUAACGUCAAAUCCGUUCAAAGCACUUCCAAUGGUGUGAAGGUGACUUGGGACCAGAAGGACCAGGGCGAGCAGUCCGCAACGGCCGAUCUCUUGAUUGCUGCCGAUGGUGGAAGUUCAACCAUAAGGAGCCUCCUAGAACCAGAUGUGAAGCGAAUGUAUGUCGGCUAUGUCGCAUGGCGAGGGACUGUCCCAGAAACCGAACUAUCAGAGGAAGCUCGCAAAGUCUUCAUCGAACGCUUCACCUUCUACCACACAACCGGCAUUCAAAUCCUUGGCUACGUGAUCCCAGGUCGUGAUGGAACGCUUGAGCCAGGCCGGCGGCUCUUCAAUUGGGUAUGGUAUGUCAAUUAUCCUGAAGGCAGCUCCGAGCUCGAAGACCUCAUGACGGGCACAGAUGGCAAGCGGCACGCCAUCACACUUCCCGUGGGAACGAUGAAAGACAGUGUAUGGGAGAAGCACAAAGCAUAUGCUGCUGAGGUCCUUCCGCCCCAGUAUGCAGAAGCGGUACGGAAGACCAAACAGCCUUUCGUGCAAGCUAUCACGGAUGUCAUAAGUCACCAGAAUAGCUUCAUGGAUGGCAAGGUGCUGCUUGUGGGCGAUGCGUUGGCCGGUUUCAGACCUCAUACUGCUGCUUCGACCGGACAGGCAGCUCAUGAUGCGCUUGUGCUUGGGCAGUGGAUGAAAGGUGAGAUUAGUGAGAAGCAAUACGGUGAGAAGAUUAUGGAGUUUGCGACGAGAGUACAGAAGCAUGGGGUGAUGUUGGGGCAGAGAAGUCAGUUUGGAGAGCACCCUUACAACGGCUAG